AAAUGCCGAACUCCAACCGUCGUGAGAUCCGCGUCUAAGUCUUUUGUCUCCUACUACAACAUACCACAGCACCCAUGCAAUCGCGCGCUACUCGUGUAGGAUCGCCGCGCAGCCACUCUUGCUCAACUUGAUGCACCAGCGCAUCGAAACGACGCUCCAUGUUUUCUUUCUCUUCACACAGACUCGUCCUUCGUCACCUCGCCUUUCGUUCUUCACUCCGGCGCGCGACACUGAGCGCGGGCUUCCCCCAAAGCACAGCCAGGAAGACUUCGGCAAAUAUAUCCUGGCCGCCCUUGCCAUCUCUGUCUUUACCUGACCCUCCAAUCACCACCCUGUCUCCGCUCUCGCCCUUUGCAAUAGCUGCACUUGCGGCUCUUGUACUAAUGGUGCUGGGCGUCGAGCUUGUUUCUCCCAUAUUUUACCGACUCGCGCACAGACGCAGCUUCCCGCUGUGUCUUGACUGGGUACGACGCUCUUUCACGGAUGCAAUCCCUCAAUCCAAUUGCAGGCCGAAUGGCCUUGCGAAUUGACGUAGGUGACGUCGUCGACUCUGUCUACCAAUUUCCCGUUUUGAUUACCCUAUGCUCCCUCCCUUUUGUCCUCUCUAUACUCCUUGGCUUUGCUGUCUUUCUCGGCUCAUUUACCACUAGGCUCAUUGGAUGAAGUAUCAAUGCACGCAUGUUGAACCAGUU